CUCCAUUAGAUAUCAAAUCUGCACUGAUAACUCCUGGUGUGUCUACCACUCCAUUAGAUAUCAUAGCUGCAUCAAUAACUUCUAGAGUGACCACCACCGUACCACCACCCAACACAUUGUCACCGAUUCCAACAAGUAUAAUCACCAGAACAUCAGCUACCAAAACUUCAUUGAUAUCUUUUAAAGUAACUGAGGCACCAACCUCUACCACAUCUACACCCAUGCCAUUGAAUAUGUCUGCCACUACUCCACCAGCUAUAACACCUUCACUAAUGCCUCCCAGUUUGACUGCCACCAAACCACCCAUUAAGCCUACUAAUACUACUACCAGUAUAACAAACAUGACACGUCCAUUGCCCACUUCACCAAUACGUUCUGAUAAAACACCCAUCACUACCUCAGCUAUGACAAUGUCACCAGUGUCUGCAACAAUAAUUCCCAUCACAUUACCAUACAGUAUGGAAUCCAAUAUAUCACUGGAUACAACAACUUAUCCUGUACGUCCUAGUGUCUCUACCACCUCACCACCAUCAACUACAACUGUGCCACUAUCUUCUACCAUGACAGGCACCACUUCAUCAAAUUACACAACUAGGCCACCAUCUUCUACCAUGACACAAAUCACUUCAUCAAAUUACACAACUGCCCCACCGUCUUCUACCAUUAUUGGUAACACAUCAUCAAACUACACAACUGGGACAAAUACCCCAUCGUCAUCUAUGCCGACUGAAAUGGUUAUCACCACACCACCAAGCACCACAAACAAUUCCAUCCAUUCUAGUGUAACAUCAGAACUGCCAGAAUCUACACAAUUCAGUAUGGACAUCACCACGUCACCUGACUCUACAUCCAUGGAGAAUACAUGUACUUUACCCCCCACAAUCACAGAGAGGAAGUCCAGCAGCUCAUUAACCUUAAGGCUGACAUUGGAGACUUCUCCUACCACAAACUUUGCUAUUGCAAUGCAAAAAAUUUUACAGCAGGUUUGUCUCCGGCUUGCUAAGGAUAUUCCAGUUGAAGAUGUGACUUUGUCCUGGGCUCAGAAUAAGAUGUUCCUGCCAUGCGUCUCCAUCACAGGAACAGUGUUUUAGACUGGUCACAAUUUCAGAUAUUUCAUCUUCUAGUCUAGAAAUAGUCCUGAACCGCCGAGGACUUAUAUGAACAGAGGCCACCAUUGUGAACAUUAAGGAGCCUUCACUUGGCUUCUACUAUCUGCAGAGCUUCCAAUAUUAUACACAUCUCCGCUUUAUGGGAAUCUGACCAAUGGUACUCCCCCAAUACUGAGGAAGAGGGCAUCUGCCCCCCUUCAUGACGGAGACAUGGUCAGGUUAAAUGGACAUUCAGGACUCCCACCAAUUACCAGUUGUUUUGGGUCAAAGCCUCUGGAGCUCCACGUCUGUGGUGUCUGCAGCUCUGUCCUAUUCAGGGUCAUCAAGUGAAAUCUCCAAGAGCUCCUCUAAAAUGAAUGGAAGAUAUGGAGGCCGUUGUCGGCGCUCGCUUGGCUGUUUUGGGAAUGAGGAUAGGACUCCCCCUCCUGCCAUAGCUGGGAUCAGUUGUAGAUGGCCGAAAGCUUGUAGACUGCACAUUUGUGGCAUAUUUGCGGAUAUCUCUGUGCUGCUGGCAGGACCCUGCUCCGUCCCCUAUGUAACUCUGUAUGUGACAUCCCAAAAAAAAGCACACUCCUGUCCUGAAACACUCUGUGCUGCUGGGGACCCUGCUCCUUCCACUAUGUAACUCUCGGCCUGUGACCUCCACAAGAUCAGCGCACUCCUCUCCUGAAAUCCUCUGUGUUGCUGGGUACCCUGCUCCUUCCA